UAGUGUGCGUUACAAAAGCGGUUGCCACUUGUUUCGUUGUGUAGGUGCGGUCAUGCUACUUCGUAGAGCUUUUACAAGGAAAGCAGCAAUCUCUGUUGGACUGCAGGAGUUGCAACUGAGAAAAUUGUCUUUAUCAAGCAAGAUGGGGUUGAGCGAUGCUGCUGGAGUUGGAAGCUACGAAACUCUUUCUGUUAGCAGACCGAGAGAAAAUGUAGUGCACGUUGAAAUGAACAGGCCAGAGAAGAUGAAUGCCAUGAAUGUUGCCUUUUGGAGAGAAAUGAAUCAGUGCUUCACCUCAUUGGCUAAUGACAAGGAUUGUAGGGCUGUUGUUCUAACAGGAGCUGGGAAGCACUUUACAGCAGGGCUAGAUUUAAUAGAUUUCCAAUCUCUGCUGUUUUCUAAUGAAAUUGAGGAUACAGGAAGGAAAGGUUUUCGGAUUAGAAAGCUGAUAUCUGAUAUGCAGGAAUCUUUCAAUGCUGUAGAAAAAUGUCCUAAACCAGUUAUUGCUGCUGUUCACUCAGCAUGCAUUGGAGGAGGUCUUGAUCUUAUUUCUGCUUGUGAUAUACGAUUAUGCAGUAAGGAUGCUUGGUUUCAGAUCAAGGAAGUAGACAUUGGAGUUCUUGCUGACGUCGGCACUCUGCAGAGGUUACCCAAAAUAGUAGGCAAUGACAGCUUGGUGAGAGAACUAGCGUAUACAGCUAGGGUAUUUCAUUCAGAUGAGGCACGUGGUUUUGGUCUGGUGAGUCGAGUGCUGGCUGAUCGUCAAACAUGUGUUGAUGCUGCUCUUCAAAUGGCCGCUGACAUUGCAUCCAAGAGCCCGGUUGCUGUUCAAGGAACCAAAGUUAAUAUUGUUUUUUCUAGGGACCACACUGUUGCAGAGAGUUUAGACUAUGCGAGUGUUUGGAAUUCGUUUGCUAUUCAAUCUGAAGAUACUUUGAAAGCUGGUCAAGCUUUUCUAACUAAAACGAAGCCAACGUUUUCUAAGCUGUAAUUGAGAGAUGCCGUCUGGUUUGGACACAAAGUUUAUACAUCCAGAUGAGUGUUUGAAUUGUUAAUGGUAGAAUUGUUUGUUUGUUCAUUGCAUUGGACUUUGUGGGAUGUGAUGGUGCUGCAUUUUAGAUGUAGACGUAUAUGGCCUCUAGAAUUAGAAGAGAAGUGAACUUUUGCUGAGUA